AUCUCCUCUUCCCCCUUCCGUCCCGGCAGUUGAUGAUUUGGUUUGACACAAAUUUCUUCACCUCCAAGAUUCAAUUUGUCGUUGCCGUCGUCGCCGUCGCGAUUAUUGGGGGUCAGCACAGCCGUUUCUUCUUCCUCUUUUGCAGACUCAGUGCUUUAUAAUUGUUCCGAAACGAAGCUAUCAUUUCAUUGGACCAGUUUUUGCCAUCAAAAAGAGCUUCAUGCUAAUUUCUGGGAUAAUUUCACAACUUCACCAUUAGAUUAGAUAUAUAUAGAUUCUUUUUCUGAACUAGUCACACUGCUGUGUGCAAAAUCCGGGUGAAACUCAGUCAUUUUCCUCACAAACACUACACUUUCUUCGCGGUGGAAGUUCCAAGAAAAUGUUUUUCCUGAGUGAAAUAGAGCACACUUUGAUGUUGCCCCCUCACCUCCUCAAUCGACCCCUCGAUGAAGCCAUUAAAGAGCAGCUCGACUUAAUCUUCCUCGACAAGGUUAUUGAUAAACAUGGCUUAUGUGUAAGUGUGUACGAUAUUCGGUCAAUUAGUGGCGGUUUCAUACUUCCUGGUGAUGGGGCUUCAACUUACACGGUGAAGUUCAGGCUGGUAAUGUUUCGUCCGUUUGUGGGAGAGAUCAUAAUAGCUCGGCUUAAAGAAUCUACGGUGGAUGGUUUACGAUUAUCGCUUGGGUUUUUCGAUGAUAUAUAUGUACCUGUCCCUUUUUUGUUCUCUCCUAACCGCAAUGAACCAGUCCCAGGACACAAGAAUAGGGUUAAUUGGAUCUGGAAUUAUAUGCAUGAGGAUUACUCAGUGGAUGCAGAGGAUGAGAUAAGGUUUAAAGUUCAUGAUGUGAGCUAUCCGCCUAUACCUUUAGAGCCGAAAGAUGUCAAGCCAUUUGCCCCCAUGGUGGUCACCCAGGGUUCUCUUGACAUGGAUGGUUUAGGCCCUACUUCAUGGUGGGGAUGAUUUGGGAGUGAAACACUUGGACUCACUGAGGAAGUAUUUGUGUGAUUGAGGAGGUCUAGUUAGGUUGUCUUAACCAAUUCAAGUAUCAUAUGGCAUUUUAUUUUUGGUAGUUUAGUGAAAGUGUUAGAUAUCAGGUAAUAUUUUUUGGUAAUAUUUUCAUAUAAAAAUUUUAUACUGAAGAGAUGCAGCUGUUAUUAGUGCAUGAUUUAUGUGUA